AUGGCAAGCAUGGAGGGCGCGGUGAUCAGGCACCGGACUGUGGAGGUCAAUGACUUCUUGAUGCACGUGGCAGAGGCCGGCCCCGAGGGGCACUCCAAGGGGACCGUGUUGUUCCUACAUGGCUUCCCGGAGCUAUGGUACACGUGGCGCCACCAGAUGGAGAAUCUGGCAGCACGCGGCUACCAUUGCGUCGCGCCUGACCUUCGUGGCUAUGGUGGUACCACCGCCCCGUCCGACGUGGAAUCUUACACUGCCUUCCAUAUCGUCGGUGACAUCCUCGCGCUUCUCAAUACCCUAGGGCUUGCAAAGGUGUUUGUGGUAGGACAUGACUGGGGGGCGCUGAUCGCGUGGUACGUGUGCCUGUUCCGGCCGGACCGCGUCACUGCGCUCGUCAACACCAGCCUCGCCUUCAUCCGCAACAUCAUUGCACGCAACGGACCCGGCUUCGUGAAGCCCACCGACUACUUCAACCGCGCCUACGGCCCCGACUACUACAUGUGCCGCUUCCAGGAGCCCGGGGUCGCGGAGGCGCGGCAGUUCGCGCCAGAGCACGCUAGGCGCCUCCUGCGGCAGAUCAUGUGCCACUGCUUCAGCCACGGCGUGGCCUGUGACGAGGAAAUGCACGAUGACAAGUACCCGACGUCUACGCUCCCUCCUUGGCUCACCGAGGAAGACGUGGACUACUUUGGCGCGGAGUUCAAGAGGACAGGGUUCACCGGCGGCAUCAACUACUACCGCAACCUGGACAGGAACUGCGAGCUGGCUGCGGCGUGGGCGGACGCCAAGGUGCAGGUGCCGACCAAGUACGUGGAGAGGGCACAGGAGGUCAGUGAUCAUAUCUACGACUUCAUCAUCAAGUUCUCAUCUCUAACCUAAGAUGGGAUUCACAAGAAUCCAUCUACUGCUUUGGGUUGUCAGUGUUCGAUCUUGCCUGUGUAUGUUUAUUCUUGGAUCAUCUGUAUACCUACCCGUUCCGAUUGACAAACGUUGAUAUAUUGUUAGGGCCGGAGGUAGGGUUUACCAGAGAGGGGAUGUA